AUGGCCCCCUCCAACUUCAAAUACGACCCCGAGUUCGCGGCAUUCAUCAACCAGUUCGAAUUCCCCCCGCCACCUAAAUUCAAGGACGUGGUUGAAGUCCAAAUCUACACCAAUGACGUCGCGAGUCGGCUCAAAUCUGACUCUCCGCCCAUUCCAGAGCACAUCCUACACACGAAAAUCCCUUUCGAAACUCACGAUGCAACCAUCCUCAACCUUCAUCGCUUUACCCAGGCCAACAAAGCCCACGACCGCAAGCAGCCCGCGGUCUUGUUCAUCCACGGCGGCGGCAUGGUAGCUAGUAGCGUCGAGUUAACAGCCCAUGAUGUUGCUAGUCAAGUCGACCUCUACGGACUAGACUUCUUCGCCGUGGAAUAUCGUCUUGCACCCAAACAAACAGGCCCUUAUCUCACGGAGGACGUUUACUUUGGUCUGAAGCAUCUCUCAGAACAUGCCGGAGAUUACAACAUUGAUAACAAGCGCAUCGCCGUCAUGGGAAUCUCUGCAGGUGGUGGACUUGCUGCUGCAACUGUUCUCCUGGCCCGAGACCGUGCUUUGGAGCCUCCCAUUGCGAAGCAAAUCCUGGUCUACCCAAUGCUUGAUGACAGAACACGACUACCAGACGAUUCACCUUACUCCAAGUUCUUGGUGUGGACUGAGAACGCCAACAAGUUAAGCUGGGAUGCAGUGCUGGGCAAAGAUGUUGCCGGAGACCCUAGCGCCAAUGUUUCGAUCUACGCUGCCCCCGGAAGAGCCACCGACCUAAGAGGCCUCCCUCCUGCCUAUAUCGAAGUCGGCCAAUUGGACUUGUUUCUGAAUGAAGACAUUGCCUACGCCAGCAAGCUGGCCGCGAACGAGGUUCAAGUCGAAUUGCAUGUUUGGCCCGGGCUGCCUCAUGCCUUUGAGCUCGCUUCAAACAUCUCGUUGGUCAAACAGUCAAUUGAGGCAAAACGGAGAGCUUUGAGAAUGAUCUGA